GUUGAACCAAAACUCUAUACAACCGUAAUAAAAAUAUCACUGCCAGACGACUAUAGCUAUGGCUUAGCGUACAGUAUAGUAACCCACAAAAUACACCGCCGGGGAUGAUAGACUUAAUAAUUUAACUUUUGGGACUAACAGCAUAGGUAUAUGUUUAAAAUCACAUUAUGUAGUUCGCAAAAAUACUGCAAACAAAAAAAUAUAUACAUGAUCUUUAACAGUGAAAUGCUUCGCUUCACUAAUUUCAUAAAGCGUUAUUAACAACCGAGAACGUUUUGUUUCCAAUCCUCAAUGCAGCCGACGGAUGUCUAAAAUGAAUUAGUUUUUAUGUGAUGCAGAUAUGUCUUCAUUACUUUGUGUUCCUCGAAACUAAGCGGACACAUUGAUCAAAAUGCGUACCUUCGACACAAGCAAACAGCGCAUACUCAGCCGUAUUUAAUGCGCCUACGCAGGGUGAAAACAGCGAUUAUGUCGUCCGCACCGACUCGGCGUGAGACCACGACGACAGCAGCACCGAAUGAGAAAUCACAUUUCUGGAGCGGUGGUUUUAACAGACGUUUCCUGUCCAGUGUCAGUAGUUUCCUAACGUUGCUCGAGCUGAGUCUUGGGAUCGCCACGUUUGAGCUGCUCUACAACGUCACUGGGCUCAGCACCGGCGGCAAUUUACUGAUGCUCAUAUCGUUUUCCUACGGGCUGACGUGCCUCUACGUAUUUCUUUCAGAAUGUUUUUCUCCUACGGAGACCCUGCUGUCCAGCACACUUUUUUUCUUCUUGUUCAACGUGUUCGGGACAGUGAUCUACCUUGCUUGUGGGUUCGCCGUUGUUCUCGAGGCACAACACGCGGAAACAGUGAUGGCAGGGGUACUUGCCCUGAUUUCCGCUUUCAGCCACCUUUUCCACAUGUCCAAGAGCAACGAUUCGAACACGGUAUCUACGCAAGGCUUCCAACACCAACCGAGUCAGCCAAGUUGAGAUCGAUGGAAGUCGUUAUGGGACUUGGGCGUCGAAAUAUAGUGAUAUUUUCUCAAUUUAUGAAUAAUAGAUGUAUUCAGAUGGCGAAA